AUGGUGGGUAAUGUGCAUGGAGAGGGAGCAUCUGACGCUACGAGGCGUCGGGACGGACACGUUACUCUCGUCCACCCGGUCGGUAUGGAGGGAGACGGCACGGAGGGAGAGGGUGCGGAGGCGGAGACUGAAGGUGAGGAGGCUCAACUCAGGGAGGCAACAGGUGCUGAGAAGGCCGUCGUGGGUGAGCGUAAGGUGCACGACUGCUUUGUUGCCGACCAUGAGGAGUUGGUUAGUCUGUUGCAUUUGAAGAAUGGGACUGAUUUGCUGAAGGGGACUGAUUUGCUGAAGGGGACUGAUUUGUCGAGGGUGGCGGAGGUUUUGAAGGCGCAAUACCUGCGUCGAGUUAACUCGAGUCCGUGCACGAAACUGCCGGGAUCUGCUGCAGAGGGAAAUAGGGUGACGGUAGUGUUGGAGCUUGCGGCAUCCUUGGCAGAAAUUGCAACGGACUGCGAGCGGUUGGGGUGUCUGGAUCAAGGGAGAGUUAUGCACGUUAUAAUAUUGCCUCCUAUUGGUUCGAUGGUUCCUAUCAGUUUGAAAAUGGUUUGGGAGGCGUUGUGUUCGGAGAUGGAGUGUGCGAAAACGCGGGCGUCGUACUUGUGUGAUUUUAACGUUUAUGCGACGUCGUUGCGCUUUAUGCUCGCCCCGCAUUGGCCUCCGUGGAAACGAAGAAAAGAGCCAGCGCGGAAUCUGGUGCAUUCAUGGUCACUCAAAGACAUUUGGUUCCACAGACAUGAAGCGAAAGCGAUUGUAGCGAAAUGCAUAAUGUCGGACUUUGCCAAGGCCCUGCCGUUUGUUUCAGUUCCGUGCUGGUUACGAUCACGUCGCGGAAGGGAGUUAAUAUACCACGACGAUAUCCGUCGGAUUUCGAAAGUGUAUGCGGAGUACCCGCAGCUGGUGGGUUCAUGGCAGUAUGCAGAGUGCAAUCGACCGGGUGCAGUUCUAGAUAUAAGGUUGUUGAUUCGGGCGUUCCGGAAAAUGAUCGGAUUAGAAAAAUCGACGCAGGUUCCUGUGGUGCUGGAAGGCCUACUGCACUAUUUGUGGAAAACGCCUGACUGGCGGGAUCUGAGAGAUUCAGCCCCUGGUCCUUCUUCUGGUGGCCCGUCUUCUGGUGGCCCGUCUUCUGGUGGCCCGUCUUCUGGUGGCCCGUCUUCUUCUGGCGGUAUCUCAGGCGGCGGCACCUCAGGUGGCGGUUUGUCGGGCGGUGGUCCGUCGGGCGGUGGUCCCUCGGGCGGUCUGUCUUCUGACGAGUACCUGUGGCGCAAGGGCAUUGCGUCCGUGACGUGUCGGUUACCAACGUGUAUUGUAUGGGAGGCACGUCCGUGUUCGAUUCUGUUCAAGACGAGGCGUGGCGAGGUGACACGGUUGAGUUGGGCGCAGUUGCCGGGAGUGUUUUCGCCCGAGGUGGGCGACGUAUCGCGUUGGCUGGGCGACUGCGAAGGGCUUGACUUAUCAGUGCUACAGCGUGAAAAGAUUGACUACUCCAAGACACGUGAGCGCAAUGUGAUAUGCAAAAAUGAGCCCGUAGGUGUCAUCGAGAUCGUCUGCGAAUACGAAGGCGGAGGCGCACCCCAUAACGUCGGGCAUUUGCUCGAUGAGAUGCUCCUCGCCUUCGUAGUGAACAUGCUCUUCUCGCAACACGGCCUCAACAACGGAAUUACACCUAACGUUUCUCUCGGUGAAUUUGCCGUCCGCCAGACGUACUCCAAUUACUGCGAAGAACGAGAUCUCGCUCACGAAGGCGGCCCCGCACGACUCGAGAAACUCCUAGGCGUCGCCGAUGGGGUCCUCACCAAGACCCUCGAACCGGACGAGGAAACCCACGAAUUUUAUGCCAUCAUCGAUAACUCUCAAAAUGAACUCGACGACCACAACCCUUAUGACCUUGGUCCGUGCGAACUCGGUCCGUACGACCGUGGCCCACAGGGCCACUACCAUGGCCCACAAGGCCAUGGUCCCCAUGACAAUGAUCCCCAUGACAAUGACAAAUCUCCAUACAAGGGCGGCGCAAACGUGGAUAAACACACGAGUGACCAUUCUCGUCCCACCGACCGUUCUCGUCUUAGUGAGCGCAACCAACGAAAAUUCCAAGACGACGACCGAACUGGUGACGACCGAGACGGCCGAGGCGCCUCUUCCCCUUCCGGAUCUCGACGACCCGCAGACAGAGCUUCUUCAGAUCGAAACCCCUCAGAGCGAGUCUCUUCGGACCGGAACCCUCCCGAUCGAGCACUAUCUGACCGAACAGUGUCUGACCGAACCGUGUCUGACCGGGUCUCGGAUCGAACUUCGGACAGAGCACCGUCGGAUCGAACGACUCCCGACCGGGCCUCGGACAGAGCCUCGGACAGAGCCUCAGACCGGCCGUCGGAUCGGGGCUUGGAGCGGAUGCACCGUAAAGGAAACAACAACUUCCAGGAGAAAAGGUUCCAGGAGAGAUUUGGACGUGGGAACAACAGGUCAGACAGAACGUCUGGCGCAAGACGAGGCGGAUGCAGACCCGGCGAUAGGUUUGGCGACCGACCGGGUGAUCGACCAGUUGAGCAACCGGGAGACCGACCGGGUGACCGGCCGGGUGACCGACCGGGUGACCGACCGGGUGAGCGGCCGGGUGAUAGACCGGGUGAUCGAUCCGGUGAUCGAUCGGGUGACCGACCAGAUGACCGGCCGGGUGACCAACCGGGCGGCCGAUCGGGUGACCGACCGGGCGAGGGGUACAGCCGACCGACAGGCGAGGAGCGAACGGGCGACGAAGCUAACUCGGAGUUGCGUGCGGAGGCCAGGAAUCGCGACCAGGCGGGCUCGCUCGACCGGCAGGAAUUUCAACCACGCGUUGGUUAUGUGCGAGGUGAUGGACCCCGGACACGGUCCGAUGAGUUUCGGGAUGCUGGCGAACCUGAGAGCACUGGCAAGCCGCCCAGUCCGAAGCGUUGCUUCCCUGAUCCGCAUGAUGCAACCGCUCGGAAGGUACCGCGAGUCUCUUCCUCUACUGCUCUGGGCCUGACCAUCGCCACCUCCUUUAUGCCCUGGGUUGCCGACCCGUCUUUGACCUGUCCCACGACGACCAGCACCAUAAUGACUAGUCCGACUCUGACGGAUCACUCGGUGAUCGGUCCCGCACUGACUGGCCAGCCGGUGGUCGGCCAGUCAGUGGCGGGCCAUUCUGUGGUCUCGUCUUCGUGGGGGCAGGGAAGCUCCAAUGUCUGGGGGACUCCCGUCCCGGCUUCGCUGAGUGAGCUUCCACGACCGGGUCCCGAGGAUCUGUCUACGGGAACACUGACGGAUCAGGACGUCGGAGGGGCACUGACGGAAAAAACCAUCAGCGAACUCUUGGUGUCCGAGUUGGGGGAGAAGGCGUUCGACACCAUCCACUCAUUCUGGCAUACAAUUAGAACAUCCGAAGAUGCGUCUGCCUACAACAUCGUUAAGUACUUUGGCAAGACCGGGUUUAUCGUGACAAACUUCGGUCACCUAUUCGAGAUCUACCACCGACGUUCCUCUACGGCUGCGUCCGAGACAGCGAGGUUGCCCGAACUCGAGGGCUUUUGUUCGCGCGAACAACUCGCCUACUUGCGAAACGUUCUUGGCGCCGUGCACAGCUUACUGACCACCGACUUGGCCUUCGAACUGCAUAGUAGCAUGCCCAUCCGUUGUGCGCUCACUUGGGGCGCAGUGCAAGUUCACCUGUCCACCAUCGCGCACUACAAGCUCAUGGCCCUAAUGGACAUCCUUGACCGGUAUCAAAACAGAGUGGCUCGAUUCGACAACGCAGCAGGUGAGGCAGGCUCCACACGACCUCUACACGUGCACAUGGUACACGUGGUUGACACCGGCCCUCCUUAG